CGCGCGCUCGCACGCACACGGUGAGCACGACAGAACAGAAUCUGACAUCUGUACAAGCCUCGCUCUAAUCGCGUUUAACGCUUUCUGUCAGUUACGCGCGUGGUGAUGAGCGGCGCCACGCGCUCAGUGAAGAAGGGCAUCUCGUGUCCGACACAAGACCCGAACUGCACGCGCAUCGUGGAAAGCCUCUCCUCGUGGAACAACUCCGUGAUGAGCGCGUACAAGCUGGUAGAUCUACCCCCCACGACCACAUCUGUUGCCAUGGUGGAAAAGGCAGUUUACCCUUUCCCAACAGUGGACGUGCCUGAUCAUGCGCAUUACACUAUCGGUGCUGUCAUCCUUGCUGUUGGCAUCACUGGCAUGUUGGGAAACUUCCUGGUCAUCUAUGCAUUCAGCAGGAGCCGGACCCUAAGGACACCUGCCAACUUGUUCAUAAUAAACCUUGCCAUCACAGACUUCCUCAUGUGUGCCACCCAGGCACCCAUCUUCUUCACCACCAGCAUGCACAAGAGAUGGAUCUUUGGGGAGAAAGGUUGUGAGUUGUAUGCAUUCUGUGGGGCUUUAUUUGGCAUCUGCUCCAUGAUCACGCUCAUGGUCAUCGCCGUGGAUCGAUACUUCGUGAUCACCCGGCCGCUAGCCUCCAUCGGUGUGUUGUCUCAGAAGAGAGCUCUGCUGAUCCUUCUGAUAGCUUGGGUUUAUUCACUUGGCUGGAGCCUGCCACCCUUCUUUGGCUGGAGUGCUUAUGUUCCUGAAGGGCUGUUGACCUCUUGCACCUGGGAUUAUAUGACCUUCACACCCUCCGUGCGAGCUUACACUAUGCUCCUUUUCACCUUUGUCUUCUUCAUUCCGCUUAUCGUCAUCAUCUACUGCUAUUUCUUUAUUUUCCGAUCCAUUCGCAGCACUAAUGAAGCUGUGGGCAAAAUUAAUGGAGAUAACAAGAGAGAUUCAAUGAAACGGUUCCAACGGCUGAAAAAUGAAUGGAAGAUGGCAAAAAUUGCUCUUAUUGUCAUUCUCAUGUAUGUCAUCUCCUGGUCUCCAUAUUCAACUGUGGCACUGACAGCCUUUGCUGGGUAUUCUGAUAUGCUCACACCAUACAUGAAUUCAGUACCUGCUGUGAUAGCCAAAGCUUCAGCAAUCCACAAUCCCAUCAUCUACGCCAUCACACACCCCAAAUACAGGUUGGCCAUAGCGAAAUACAUUCCGUGUCUUCGUGUGCUGUUGUGCGUCCCCAAGCGUGACCUUAACUCGUUCCACAGCAGCUUUACAUCUACACGUCGCUCCACUGUCACAAGCCAGUCCUCUGAUAUGUCGGGACAGUUUUGCAGAACUAGCACCGGCAAGUCCCGGCUCUCCUCAGCCUCCGACAGUGAAUGGACAGAUACUGAGGCCGAUCUCUCGAGCUUGAGCUCCAGGCCUGCCAGCCGACAGGUGUCUUGUGACAUCAGCAAGGACACCGCAGAGACCGCAGGCUUCAAACCUUGUAACUCAUCCAGCUUCAAGACUAAGCUCAAAAGCCAUGACUCGGGCAUCUUUGAAAAGAGUUUCUUUGAUGUGGAUGAUGCAUCUGUGGCCGGACUCGUUCAGACGGACCGUACUAACCCUUUAGCUGCUGGUGACAGUACAGACAUGCCAAUUUCAAGAGGUGCUAUUGGUCGGAUUCCCAGUAUUGUCAUCACCUCUGAGUCUAGGUCUUUCCUGCCCUCGGCAAGGGCCAGCUACAGAAGCAGCCGCUCAAGCGUGUCCAGUGCUGGGGCGAAUCCAUCCAGGAGAGACUCUCGUGGAGGAGUCCAGCAGGGGGCAGUGCAUCUCUCCACUGCUGCUGAAACACCUGCAUCUGCUCAUCCUGAAUAUCUUUAGAGCUUAUACCUCUUCACUCGCAUCUGAAACUUACCUUCCAGCUUUGUUUUGGGGUUCAGUGUUUUUUUGUGAGAUAUCCUGUUCUGUGGUUUAGAUCUUUAGUGAAAAUGAAGACAAAUCCUGUGAGAGUAAUCAAUGCUCUGUAUCGCAGAAGGUCAAAUAUGAAAGUCACACAUGGAUGUCUUUUACAUGUGUAAUACAUUUUUAUAGUGACCUCAACUGUUA